AUGAGCGGCUUGUUUGGGGUGAUGAAGCCAGUUCAUGUUCGUCGGGGCCCCACGCUGAACGAGCAGUCUGGCCAUGUGCGGUCAACGCUCCUGCGCCGAGUUCUGGCCGAGAAAAAGACGAAGCAACGCGAAGAUGCGGCGAGCGUGGAGCAAGGGGAGGGCGUCAGGACAGGCCGUGAUUUGCUCGGGCUCGGGCAGGCCCUGCGCCUGGAGGCGAGUCCGACGACGCCUGCGAACCACCGCACGCUUCGAUGUGAGCAUAGUCAGGACGGACUUCGUGCCGGCCGCAUGCAGGAUCCGACACUGACCCUGCAGGCGUCGAGUUGCUGUCCAACCUGCGGAAGAGUGCGGAUCCUCCCUGCGGCUCCUGCGGCUCCUGCGGCCGCCAGCGUCAGCCACCUGACGACCAAUUUCCUGCACGAGCUGCUAGAUCUCACCACCGCGACACUGUGGCCGCAUUUCCGGGCGCAGGAUUACGCGGCCAGUUGCAACAGGUCGUGGGUGUAUCCGCUCGAGGAGAAAUCAAAGGAGCAGCUCGAGCUCAAGUCACUUGUGCUGCAGGAGCUGCAGAAGGAGGUUGCCAAUAUCUCAGAGACGUAUUCCCCGGACGCGCUGGUCAUGUGCAUCCUCUACCUGGCGAGAAUACCACCCGCUGCACUGGAAGGUCGUGCAGGACAUCGUGCAACGCUUUGGCGGGAUCCGGAACCUGCGCGUGUUUGCGCUAGCUUGGCUCUCUGCCUCUCUGAUCUUAUGAGCGCUAUGCAAAAUCUCACUAAACCCAUCUACCCGAUCGUGGGCGUCGAUGCGAAGCCGUUGGAUCUGCAGCCGCCGAGCUUGUUGUUUCACAGACUCUGCAACCAGAAUGUCUCGCAACCCGUGAUCCUCUGGUGCGUGGCCGUAGCCAUGAGCAUGCUGAAUAUGCCCGACAAGACCGCCUCUGCCCCCAGCACGCUAGUCCCAUACAUGGCCCUUUUGUCUCAAAAUGCAGGGGUGGACUCGCUAGACAAGCUUAUGGCGCUGCUUGAGUCUUUCGCCUGGGUGGAUGCGGCCGUGCAGUAUACCGAGAUAGUCUGUGGCUAUCAGGCUCGAUUGCAUGAGACGGGUCGGUGA